AUGAAGGUGGAAGGGGACGCGGGGAAAGGCGCGCGCGCGCCCGGGGACUGCUGCAUCACGCGCCUGCUGAGCGCCGUGGAGAGCGAGCUGCGCGCGGGGCGCGAGAAGGGCGAUCCCACCGAGAAGCAGCUGCGCGUGAGUCUCGAGGACGCCGAGCUGUGGAGGAAGUUCAAAGAAGUGACCAACGAAAUGAUCGUCACGAAAAACGGAAGACGAAUGUUUCCAGUUCUGAAGGUCAGCGUGUCCGGCCUGGACCCGAAUGCCAUGUACUCUUUCCUGCUGGACUUCAGCCCGGCCGAUGGUCACCGCUGGAAGUACGUGAACGGAGAGUGGGUGCCCGCCGGUAAACCUGAGCCGCACACACACAGCUGUGUCUACAUCCACCCUGACUCGCCCAACUUUGGAGCCCACUGGAUGAAGGCCCCCGUGUCCUUCAGCAAAGUCAAACUGACCAACAAGCUCAACGGAGGAGGACAGAUCAUGCUGAACUCACUCCAUAAGUACAAGCCACAGAUCCACAUUGUUCGUGUGGGGGGCAGCCACAGGAUGGUCACUAACAUCUCCUUCACUGAUACCCAAUUCAUCGCUGUCACGGCCUACCAGAACGAGGAGAUAACUGCUCUGAAGAUUAAAUAUAAUCCCUUUGCAAAGGCCUUCCUGGAUGCUAAGGAGAGAAGCCAUCCCAAGAAUCUUCUAGAACAUCCUCCAGAGAACCAACAUGUUGGGAUACCACACUGCGGAUGGUUUAUUUCCAACCCAGACUCCCUUUGUUCUUCUGGUGGUAGUAACUUCCCAUACCCGGGGGGUUUGCCCCUGGCUCCCCACCAUGGGUAUAAACACUACUCCAGCCUGCAUGGACACCGAGCCACUCCCUACCCACCUCCUUACCUGCACCACCACCACCGCAGCCACAAUUCAGUCUCUCUGUCUGAGGGGUUGAGUCCAGGUGCUCUGCAGGUGUUCUCUGGUCAUGAAAGCUGGACAGGUGUUUCUCCUCCUGGUCCUGCUGCAAUGCUCUCAGUGCCAUCUGGUCCAAACUCACCUGGAGUCAGCAGUCAGUAUCCUUGCCUGUGGACAGUGAGCAGCUGCAGUGUGUCCUCCAGUCCUCCGGGGGUCCCUGUAAGCUCCACCCACUGUCAGGAGGAGAAUCCAGAUGCAGGCUCUGCCUCCGCAUCACCGUGCUCAAUCCUGCAAAGCCAUGGGCCGCCAAGCGCAGAUGGCGUGGUGGAGCAAGCCAGUCAUAAUAGGGUGGGUGGGGUUAGCUGGUCUGCAGUCUCCGCCCAUUCAUUUUGA